AUGGAAAGGCCAACGACGUCGGGUCCGCCGCCCAGGGCGGCUCGCAGCUCUGCAUCUUCUACAUCUACUUCUUCUUCUUCUUCGAGUAGAGCGACUCGAGCUGCGGGCGGCCGGGGCACAUCUCCGCCCGCGAUCCCCGAGUUCACAGACGAAGAGUACGUGCUCUACCUCGAGAACCCGUCAUGGACGAAGGAGGACACUCUGAGCCUCCUGGACGCUGUACGCAUCUUCGAUUUGGAGUGGAACCUGGUGGCCUCCACCUUCCACGGCGACUCCCGUAAGACCCCCUCGAGGUACCAACAACUCGAAGAGCUGGAGGCGGAUAAGCGCAGGCUGUCCGUUAAGCGGCCCUCGCCCACGAAGCAGCAGCAGCCACCGGCCCCCGCGAGACCUCAGACACAGAAGCUGCCACCAAGAGCGCCGCAGCUGUCUCGACAGCUGCCGCCUUCUCCACCGAUCCGACAGCAGCCCACGCAGCCACAGCUACACCAGCAGCCUCGCCCUGCCCAGCAGACCAACGCGCGGAUCCUCAGCCCCUACGGCCCUCCCCCCAUCUCCAUCGGCGCGGGGACUACCAUCUUCCCCCUCGGGCCGGGGUCGCCCUUCGCCUUUGAUCCGUCGGCGUUUAUGCGAGGCGUCAACGGCCACCCGCAGGGGAUGCCUUCGCUCUUUGCUCUCCCCCAGCCGCUGCCCUCCAUCUUCCCCAACCCCGCCCUUCACCCUUCGUUCGCCUCUCUGCCGUCUCUACCGCCCUUGCCCUCGCUCUCGCAGGCAUUGGGACCUCCGCCAGCCCCGACUUCGACCGCAGGUCCUGCAAUGCCUGCCAAUCGGUCCGCAUGCCCCAACCACAGCACCCCGUCCAGCCGCCAGAACUCCACCAACGGCAACAUCAACAACACCACCAACCCCGUCAAACCCAGCGCCAAACCCAACAUCGGCAUCAGCAAACUCGGCGCCAAAUCCAGCGCCAACACCAACAACGCCCACAACAGCACCAACAGCAACGGCAACACCAAUGGCAGCCCGGCAGGCAAGCGACAGCUGGUACCGAUAUCGACGAAUCCGACCCUACCUCCGCCUUCGGCGACCUCGUCUUCGGCAACCCCGUCGUCAUCAUCGGGCGGCCCCUCCGUGGUGGUCAUUUCGACGGAGGAGUGGAGGAAGAAGCGAAGGAGACGCACGGCCUCGGAGAUCUCGCGCAACUUCAAGUGCGACAUCCCCACUUGCUCCAAGGCCUACGGCUCCGAGGGCGCCCUCAAGAUGCACAUCCGCCUGAAACACCCCGGGCUCAGGCUACCCAUCAGCAAGCCGCAGUUCCCUCGGCCCAACCCGCUGCUCCUCUCCUCGUUCCUCCCGCUCGGGGUGGGAUCGGUCAUGCUCGGCCAGAAUGCGGCGGCGAUGGGCUUCCCCUCACCUUUGCCCCGGCUCGUCCCGCAGCAGGCCAAGAGCUUGCCCGCCGGCCUCUCGCCUCAGCUGCCCGGCACCUCCCCCUUGUUGGGCUCGCCCUCUUCGGCGUCGUCGUCGCCGCAGCAGCGCCCGACAGCGCCGCUGUCCGACCCCGUUCUUCGGCCGCAGCCGUCCAACGCCAGCCCGACCGCCGUGUCGGUGAAGCGGGAGGAGGUCAUCCUGUCCGUGGCUUUUAUGCGGCUCGAGAUCGGUGGCUACGAGUGCAUGAGCAAGACCACCGGUGACCUGGUGGCCCACUUCAACUUCACUCACAAGCGGCUCCUGUGGGAAGUGGUCUCCGGUGGUGCGAAGCUGUCGAUCUACAGCGUUUUCGACGAGCUGGCCGGAUUCGGCCUGGAGAUGCUCAAGGACGGCAGCGCCGUGCUCACCAUCGAGUUCAGCCUCCCGCCCGAGGUCAGCUGGGAAGGCAAUAUAUCGAUGCAGCACACGAUUGCCAAGUGCAAGAGGCAUGCGCUCCACUUUCCGCCGCACGCGCUCAACAAGCCGGUGGAGAUGAUGCUCACCCUCGACGAGCGACUGCGCGAGCUGGCCAACCUGGGCCUCCCCACCCUGGUCGAUCCCUACUUUGAGUUGGACGACUCCUCCUCAUCAUCCUCCUCCGACUCAGACGAGGACGGGCCACACAGCCUGGGCACCCGCCAGCAGCACAAGCGGCCAUCCCAGUCGGCGGGAGGCGGAAGCCCCAGCUAA